AUGGGCCUCAUCAAGAAAAAGACAGCCGUCAGAACCACCGAGGGCGGCAUCAAGUACAUCUGCGAUAUCUGUUCAGCCGACAUCACUGCCACUGUACGCAUCAGAUGUGCCGACGAUGAUUGCUCCAACUACGACCUCUGUGUCCCUUGUUUCGGUGAGGGCAAAUUUUCCGGCAAGCACGACCCAGCCACACAUUCUUUUCAAGUCAUAGAACAACAUUCAAUCCCUAUAUAUGUCGAGGACUGGGGUGCCGACGAGGAGCUACUGUUGCUGGAGGGCGCUGAGACAUACGGCUUGGGAUCUUGGGCCGACAUUGCAGAUCACAUCGGAGGCUAUCGAACCAAAGACGAAGUGCGCGAUCACUACAUCGAAACAUACAUAAACAGCUCCAAAUUCCCUCUACCAGAACGCGCCAGUCCCAAGGAUACCACCCUUUCCGACUCGAUCCCUAGAGAUGAGUUCCAGGCUCGCAAGAAACGGAGGAUAGAGGACCGAAAAGAGGCCGCCAAAAACCAAGCUAUCAUUGAUUCCAAGCAGAAGCCUACCUCUAGUGUACCUUCAUGUCAUGAAGUCCAAGGUUUCAUGCCUGGUCGUCUCGAGUUCGAGACGGAAUACUUCAAUGAAGCUGAGGAAGCAGUACAACACAUGCAAUUCGAGCCUGGCGAUGGCAUCAACCCCGCUACCGGUGAACUCGAACCCGAGAUGGACCUCAAAAUCACCGUCAUGGAUAUUUACAACCACCGUCUCACUGCUCGUGUGGAGAGAAAGAAGGUCCUUUUCGAGCACAACUUGCUCGAGUACCGCAAGAAUACUGCAGUUGACAAGAAGAAGACAAAAGACGAGCGCGAUUUGAGCAACAAGAUGAAGCCAUUCGCACGCAUGAUGAACCAUUCCGACUUUGAAGCCUUUACGACAGGAAUUGAAUACGAACACAGCAUACGACAGGCUAUCAAGCAGCUACAAGACUGGCGCCGCAUGCAGAUCAGCGAUCUAAAAUCUGGAGAAAAGUACGAAGUUGAGAAGGCAGCACGACAGGCCCGAGCUGCGGCAACAGCAGACCGCUUUUCUAUGCCUGGUAGGCUUCAUAAGCCUAGCGCUCAAGAGCCACCAUCGGCAGCGUCAGCCUUGAUCGGACCAGAGCUGCCACCAAAACCAAACACUACCGGUUUACAAACCCCACCAGAAUCAACGUCACCAAAUGCAAGCACUACCAAUCCUCCGCCAAGGUUCCCGCUACAGGCCAUAACAGGUGUUUCGAGGAUGGAUUUGCACGGUAACAAUAGCCAAGAUGCACAUCUCCUGACCGAGAACGAGCAAGAAAUAUGCAGGGUGGUGCGUGUUCAGCCCAAGGCCUACUUGGUCAUGAAAGAUGCCGUGCUCAAGGAGGCGCUUCGAUCCAAUGGGUGUCUGAAACGUAAGAAUGUCAAGGAGAUCUGUAGAAUUGAUACGACCAAGGCGGGAAAGCUGUUCGAUUUCUUCGUCUGGUCUGGUUGGAUUGGAAAAGGAUGA